CUAAUGGGUUGACCAUUAUUUUUCAAUGUCUGAUGAUGCUAAUUGCAGGUUGUCAUGGGCCAGGUUUCUGUAGGUGUGGUAGAGCUAAUGCUAACUGGCUAUAAGCUCAGGAAAGAGCAUGCUACUGGGAGACGCCAGUGUAGUCUCUGGGAUGCUCCAAGGGUAACAGAAUUUCCUCCAGUGGUAGGCAGUACCUGUCUCUUCACCAGCAACAAGGAGGUAGUCACUCAGCAGCACAUUUUCAGUCCUCAUGACUCAUGAGGGAUUUGAGCAAAGGGAAAACUGAAAAAUUUCAGCAUUAACUGAGGGGAAAAAAGGACCGAUUUUAGCAGCCCUGUUCUUAUCUGCACUGGCUCAACUUUAAAUUGAGCACUACACUGAAACAAAGCAAGAUGAAUAAUUCAGAAGAUACAACUGGACAGAGACCCUUGAAGAUCCCAGGGGAUUUCCAAGGUCAUGCUCUCCCAGGAGCUUUCUUGAUUUUUUUGAGUCUCUGGUGGAAUUCUGUGAAUAUUCUGAAGUAUGUCUGCAAAAAACAAAAACAGGCUUACCUUCAUUCCAAACCAUGGAUAUAUCGAGCAGAAAUUUUGGAUGGAAUUAUACUAAUUGGCAUGGUUUUAUUUGGUGCCAUCAGCCUACAAAUAUAUGCUGAGGUCUCAGAGAGCCGGGUGAUGUGGAUCCUACGUUUGCACCACACAGUUAUAUAUAGCUUCUAUGGGAUUCUGGGUGUGACCAGAAUCUUAAGCACUACCAUUAAAUGGCUCCCAGUCUCCUUAACCAAGCUGGCAUUGUCAAAUGCCUUCCUUGUACAAACUUUCAUCAUGUACAACCACACUCAUGGCCGAGUCACAGUGGAUGUUUUUUUGCACAAGAUACUGGCUCUUGCCACCUUCUUAUCAGGCCUGGUUUCCUUCAUGGAGGUCCUCACAAAGAAUAAUAUAACCCUGGAGCUGCUGCGGUCAAGUCUCAUUAUGCUCCAAGGGACUUGGUUAUGGCAGAUGGGUUUUGUUCUCUAUAACCCGACUGGAGGUGUUGCCUGGGAUCUGACAGAUCAUCACAACACUAUGCUUCUUACCAUAUACUUUUGUUUCCAUUGUGUGUUUGCCUAUAUCAUCAUUGGAGUGAAUUAUGCUGUUGUCACUUGGUUGGUGAAGUGGAGACUUAGGAAGUUCUGCUUCACACAAGUUCCACUCCUGAAAAAUGUCGGGCAAGAGGAAGAAUCAGAAGAGAUGUGAACUUGAUGGGCAGCCAUUCAUUCUUACAUAAACCUUUCUUUAUUGUAAUGAACCCUACUUUCCUCUUGCUUUUGACCUGCAUUAAGUAUGCACGAUCUGUACUGUUUAUAGUUCCAAUUUUGUUAAAAGUACUUAAAUGUAGUUAUUUCAUUUUUAUCUGAAAGUACUUUGGAUGACAAGAUUAUUUCACACACAUGGUAUCAUAUAGUCAGAAUCAUAUGUAAAAAUACUUGUUUUAAUUUUCCACAUGGAUAGUCUCCAGGCUCCUGGUCUUGCUGUACCUUGCAGUUCAUUAAAAAUGGGGCAACAAAAGAAAUUAAUAUAGAAACCUCAUGUCUUUGUUUUCACCUUUGGACUAUACCACAUUCUCAUGUGGUGCAGAAAUAGCUGAGUAAUUCAGAAAUACCUUUCUGUGAGACAUCUCCCAUGGAAAAACAGACACAAACCAGGAUGAUAGUAUAUAUCUUUAAUCCCAGUGCUCAUACUGUGAGAUUGGGAGCAUAGGUAGGAGAAUUUCCAGAAGCUCUCAGACUGGCUAAUCCUGUGUACACCACAGUGACCAUCAAAGAGACCUUAUCUCCAGGUAGAAGAUGAAGACCAAUCCAGAGGUUGUCUUUAGACAUCUACAUACGUGCCAUGGUACCCACAUUCACUCACUUCAUAUAUACAGACACACAUAUAUACAGACACGUAACACACACACACACACACACACAC